CAAGAUGGCUGAAUGAGGAGAAAGGUAAACAACUGUGACCGAGGUAGCCAUUCAGGAGCCGAAAAUUUGUUGUCAGUGAACCGACUCGACGGCUCAGACUGUGCAGGGAAACACUACCAGACACACUGAGGACCCCCAUCAAGUUCUGAACCUGAACCAUUUUUAUUAUACACCAAGACCGAACGAACAAGUCUCAGGAUUAGGCGACUCUUUUACGACUCACCUGCAAAAAGACCAUGCGUCUGUCAGCACAGACGGACUUGAACGGCGUCACGUUCCUCCUGUUGAUGUUCUCCCUGAGCAAGCUUCUGAUGGCUGAAAGUUCUGAAGAUCAGGAACAUCACGGGGAACAUCUGGCCACAAGAAUCCAAAUUGUCACGGCCCAGUACGAGUGCUUUCAGCGUAUGGUGAGAGGAGACUGGCACCGUAGAGCCAAGACCACGGGAGCCGUGUGCAACACAACAUGGGAUGGUUGGCUGUGCUGGGAUGAAACCGAGCGUGGACUCACGGUAGAGCAGAGCUGCCCAGACUAUUUCAAAGACUUUGACACUUAUGCAACGGCGUCCAAAGUCUGCACGGAAACGGGCGAGUGGUGGCGCCACCCGGAGAGCAACCGGACAUGGACCAACUUUACCAACUGUAGAGCCAAUAUCACACACCACGGCACGGCGGCGAUGACUCAUUUCUACCUGGUCAUGAUCGGACACGGACUUUCACUGGUCUCGCUGACCAUAUCCCUCGCCAUAUUCUUCCAUUUUAAGAGUCUGAGCUGCCAGAGGAUCACGCUGCACAAGAACCUCUUUGUGUCCUUUGUUCUGAACUCCAUCAUCACCGUGGUGUGGCUGACAACUGUGGUGAAGAAACAGGCGCACGCGCAUAACGACUCGGCGAGCUGCAAGCUCCUCAUGUUCGUGCACCUCUACCUGCUGAGCUGCAACUACUUCUGGAUGCUGUGUGAGGGCAUCUACUUGCACACUCUGAUUGUGGUGGCCGUGUUUGCUGAGAAGCAGCAUCUGGUGUGGUAUUAUUUGCUAGGCUGGGGUUUCCCGCUGGUACCAGCAGUCUUACAUUCAAUUGGACGCCACUGCUACUACAAUGACAAAUGCUGGGUCAGCUCGGAUACGUCCCUUCUAUACAUCAUCCACGGUCCCAUCUGCGCCGCGUUGGUGGUGAACCUGUUCUUCUUGCUGAACAUCGUGCGGGUUCUCAUCACCAAGCUGAGAGUGACCCACCAGGCCGAGUCCAGCCUCUACAUGAGGGCGGUGAGGGCCACGCUCAUCCUCAUCCCUCUGCUCGGAAUUCAGUUCGUGCUGCUGCCCUACAAGCCUCAGGAGCACUGGGUCUCUGAGAUCUACCUCUACAUCAUGGAGAUCCUCAUACAUUACCAGGGACUCCUAGUGUCCACCAUCUUCUGCUUCUUCAAUGGGGAGGUGCAGAGCGUCGUGCGGAGACACUGGAACCAGCAGCAGAUGCAGUUCGCCGGCACGUUCGCCAACGCCGACCUCUUCCGCUCGGCGUCCUUUGCGGCGUCGUCGCUCACCGAGGUCCACCGCUGCUACAGCAUCGACUCUCACACCGAGCAGACCAACGGCAAAAGCUACUCCGACAUUUUCCGAUCAGACAGCCCUUUUGUCUGACGAGGAUUCCAGACUCCGGUGGAUUUAGCCGUGACUCCAUUGGCGUUCGUCUGCACGUUUAGACGUCAUCGAAUGAAAGCACGAUGGAGAAAACGUUUUUGUAUAUACAGUAGCUGCAACAACGCUGAGCUUCAGGUGGUGAUGAUUCCAAAAUGCUGUUGAGGACCUUGUCAGAUGAUCAACUCCACUUCCACUUAAGCCAACGCGUCCAAAACUUUUUCCAGCCGGAAGAAUGAUGACUCUGCCGCUUGGAUAUCUUGUAAAGCAACACGUGUAGCGAUGCUAAGAAUACAUUUCACGAAAAAAAAAUGCAUGUCAAUUAUGUCAUAUACUGUAAGUGGACAAAAACUUCAUUUUUCAUUUGUAUUUAUUAGUUUUUGAAACUUCAAUUUUUGUAUUUGUUCUUUUUGUAAUAUUAUGACUUUAUUCCCAUAAUAUAACUUUUUACCCAACCCCAUUUUCCAAAAAUCUACUUUUGUUUUACAUAUUAUGUAUUUAAAAAAACAAUAAUGUAAUUUUUUUAAUAUUUUUUUCCUCAUAUAUAUUAUAUAUUCCUCAUAUAUUUAUAUAUAUAUUUAUAUAUAUUUUUAAUAUUAUUAUUUUUUAUCUUAUAUAUAUUUUACAAUAAAUUUUUCUCUGAAUAUUUUGGCUU